AUGGUACGUACCCGUCAAGAGAUUAUAACAGAUCUAUCCUCUGCAGGGAGGGGGAAUAGAAAUAUAGACUUUUCCGAGGGGCAAGAAGAGAGCCCUUUGGAAGAUACUGCUUCACAUGCACCGGUAGUAUCGACUCAAGCAAGGCAUGAAGAAUCGUCGGGGCCUCAAAUUAGAGAGGCACCAAGGCAAACUGGGGAUCUAGUCAAAGCAGUAAUGGAAGGUAUGGCUAAUGCUGCCACUUCUAUGCCUGCACCCAUCAUACCAACCGUUUCAGAAGCAGCUACAGCUACUAAUGGCGUGGUACAACUAGUUCGUUUGGUGAAAAGUAUGAGAGAAAUGGGUUGUGAACCCUACUCAGGUGAACAGAAUGCUGAAGUGGCGGGAAGGAUAGAAAAGUUAAGGGAUGGCUUCAGACAAGAAUUGAAGCAGGGGUUGAUUGCUUUGCAAUUCAAGACAGUAAGGGAACUGAUUGAAGCAGCACAGGCCUUGGAGGCUUGCAGGCCGCCACUUCCAAAGAAAGGUAGAGGCGAACAGUUCCUUCAAUUCAAAAAGAAAGGGGGGACGUCAACUAGCUUCCGACAGGAUAUCGGUGGGAGGUCGGGAAGUGGUCAGACCCGCUCUAGGGCUAUAGCUGCAAGGGGGCAUAAUGAUCAGAAGGAAAUUGGCUACCCUCGAUGUGCUCAGUGUGAACAAAGACACCCCGGGAGUUGUAUGGUUUCUCCAGGACGAUGCUAUAUAUGUCGAGGAGAAGGUCAUAAGUGGAAAACCUGUCAGUACUUAGGAAGAGGAUGUCAUCACUGUGGUGAGAAGGGUCACUUUAAAAGGGAAUGCCCCCAGUUAAACACUGAACAGCCUCAGAGACAUAGGCAGCAAAGUCAGAGUCAUCAGCAGUCUAUCACAGUAAACAGACCGGGAAGGUCAACUCAGUCAGGAGCUAACUCAAAUAGGGGACGACCCAGAGUGCAAAAUGAAAGGGGUCAAGAAAGGGUUUUCCAUAUAACCCAGGAGGAUGUCAGAGCAGCAUCAGAUGUGGUGGCAGGUAUGCUGCAAAUGAAUGACUAUCAAAUGCAUGUUUUGUUUGAUUCUGGUGCCACUCACUCCUUUAUAGCAAAUAAAAAUGUAACCAAAUUGAGUAAGGAAACAAAAAGGGUAGAAAAAGGAUUUAUUAUUGGGACACCUUUGGGUGAAACUGUGGAAACAAAUGUUGUAUUGAAAGGGGUGGGAAUUAACAUUAAUGGGUGUGAACUAAAAGCAGAUUUAAUACCCCUAGAAUUAAGUGAUUUUGAUAUAAUUCUAGGUAUGAAUUGGUUGGGAAAAAAUAAGGCUCGUCUAGACUGCUUUACAAAAACAGUAACCUUCCAGGGGGCUAAGGGUGAAAUAAUGGUCUUUAAAGGGGAGAGAACUUCCAACUUUCCAAAUAUGAUCUCGGGCAUGGUUGCGAGAAAACUACUAAAGAAAGGUUGUACAACAUACCUUGCCUAUGUGAUAAAUUUAGAAAAGGGUAAAAUAGGACUGUCCGACAUUCCAAUUGUGAGGGAAUUUCCGGAUGUAUUUCCGGAAGAAUUGUCAGGACUACCCCCAGAAAGAGAAGUUGAAGUCACUCUAGAUAUAUUGCCUGGGGUGUCUCCUAUAGCCCAACCACCGUAUAGAAUGGCCCCAAAAGAAUUGGAUGAGUUGAAAAUUCAAUUGCAGGAGCUUUUAGACAAAGGGUUCAUACGACCAAGCAACUCACCUUGUGGGGCACCUGUAUUAUUUGUGAAGAAGAAGGAUGGAACGUUGAGGCUUUGCAUAGAUUACCGUCAGCUGAAUAAAGUGACGGUAAAGAACAGAUAUCCACUUCCACAAAUAGAUGAUUUGUUCGAUCAGUUGAAGGGUGCCAAAGUAUUCUCAAAGAUUGAUUUAAGAUCAGGAUACUACCAAAUGCGAAUCAAGGGGCAAGCUGUGCCGAAAACUGCCUUCAGAACUCGCUACGGACACUUUGAGUUCUUAGUGCUACCCUUUGGAUUAACUAAUGCUCCAACACUUUUUAUGGAUUUAAUGAACCGAGUAUUCCAACCAUACCUUGAUAAGUUUGUUGUCGUAUUCAUCGAUGACAUCUUGGUUUAUUCCAAAUCCUAUGAGGAGCAUGAACAACACCUAAGACAGACACUACAGACUCUGAGGAGCCGCCAGUUGUAUGCCAAGUUGGAUAAAUGUGACUUCUGGUUAAAAGAAGUUACCUUUUUGGGGCAUGUAGUGUCUUCAAAAGGGUAUUAUAGAAGAUUUAUCGAAGGGUUUUCAACGAUAGCAACUCCAUUAACACGACUCACCAGGAAGAACAUAAGAUGGGAGUGGUCAAAGGAGUGCGAUGAGAGCUUUCAAGAAUUGAAGAGAAGGCUUACUAUUGCCCCCGUACUAAUCCUUCCAUCCGGAAUAGAAGGCUUUGUAGUCUACAGUGAUGCCUCAAGAAAAGGACUGGGUUGUGUUCUAAUGCAGCAUGGAAAAGUAGUUGCCUGUGCAUCGAGACAACUGAAGACUCAUGAAGUCAACUAUCCAGUUCACGACUUAGAAUUGGCAGAAAAGGAGUUGAAUAUGCGACAACGGAGAUGGGUAGAAUUAAUUAAAGACUACGACUGUAUUAUAGAUUAUCAUCCAGGAAAAGUGAAUGUCGUCACAGAUGCUCUCAGCCGUAAAGACAAAGUGAUUAGGAGUGGACCAACGACUUGGAAUGAGGAAACCAUGAUUGAGCUAAAGAGAUUGGGGGCAAUAUUAGGUGUGAGUCCGGAAGGAUCCUUAAUGGCUCAACUAAGGGUGAAGUCAGGAUAUCGAGAGCAAAUAUUAGAGGCAUAG